ACCAGCAGAGGAUGUUAAGGUUACUCUUUAAAAUAGUUUUCUAAAACUUUACAACGUGGGUUUGAUCAAUCAUUAAUAACAUGUGCUGCUACGUCGAAAGAAAAACCCCGUUGACCUUCGUGAGAAUAUUUUUUGUUAAUUUAUAACAGAACGAUUACCAUUAAAAAUGAGAUAAACAUGAGAGACACGAUUUUUCUCUCUCUCCUUAUUUGCUGUUGUAAAGCAUCUGGUCAAACAUGCAGAGGAGCAUGUGGAGACACAUUGCAGGAAUGUUCCUGCCAUGUAACCUGUGUGUCUCUGCUGAACUGCUGUGCAGACUACAGGCAGUUCUGUUUACAAGUGGAGCCUCACUCCAGCUCCAUGCUUGGUGGACGCGCGCUCAGGAUCCUCAAUCUGGCCCUGAACCCUGGAGGGAGACUAGUCUGCAGGUUCAAUGGCGAGACUGAUCGAGAAGGAUUUAUUGAUUCUGAAGGCCGCUCCCACUGUGUCACUCCUUUACUAUUUGAGACAGGAUGGAUAUCGCUUGAUGUCUCAGUAGACAACAUUACUUUUGACAGAUCUGGAGAAUAUUUGUCAGUUCAUCCGAGCAAAGUGGACCCUGCCUUUGAAGUCACCCUGGUGAAUGUGACCCAGUGGCAGUACUAUGGCACGCCCAGCGUAGCGGGCCAGCUGCAGAUGACGUGGAACAGCUCAUUAAUCGGCUCAGAGAGAGUCAACAUAGAGCUGUGGGGUUACAGAGAGUCCUUCAGCAGCGUGGAGGCUCAGAGUAACGACUCACAGGCAGAGCUGAGCUACUUGUACUCUCUGGGAAGGAACCUGCCCAACACCGGUUCCUUCGGCUUCAUCCCAGAGCCCUCCGAGGUCUACUCUGACUGGGAGCUGGGGAAUAUUCGCAUAACUGCUAGUUCUAUAUGUGAUGGAGCAAGAGAUGUACAGUGCCUCUGGAGUGGGCUUCAUGUCCUGGCCUGGCACUUGGGUCAGGUUUUUAGAGCCAACUCUUCUUCCUGGGCCACGACCAAGUGUCUGCAAUGGGACACGUUGGAGAAGAAACUCCCAGAGUUUCUGGAGGAGCUCGCUGACUGCCCUUGUACUCUGACACAGGCCAGAGCAGACACAGGCAGGUUUCAUGCUGAUUACAGCUGUGACGUUGAGAGGGGCAGUGUGUGCACGUAUCACCCAGGCAGCGUCCACUGUGUCAGAGCAAUUCAAGCCAGUCCGACCCUUGGCUCGGGGCAGCAGUGCUGCUAUGACAGUACCGGAGUUCUGGUGCUGACCGGGGACUCUGUUGGUGGCAGCAGCCCGGACAGGGCCCACGCCUGGGGCUCACCCCCCUACAGGAGCCCUCCGCGCGUCCCGGGGUUCUCCCACUGGCUGUACGACGUCACAAGUUUGUUCUACUGCUGCUUGUGGUCUGAAAACUGUGACGUUUACUUCAGCCAUCGGCCUUCUAGUGGAUGUCGCAACUACCGGCCCCCGAGAGCUGGCGUCGUGCUCGGGGAUCCACACUUCAUAACGUUCGAUGGCCUCAGCUACACUUUCAAUGGGAAAGGCGAGUACCACCUGGUGUCGUCGGACAGAGGGCUGAGUGUUCAGGCCCGAACUGAGCAGAUGAAACUUAAGAACGGUGCACUGGCCAAAGCCACGCAGCUGUCAUCUGUGGCUGUGAAGGAGAAGGACUCUGACAUCAUUGAGGUGCGAGUAGCCGAGGGCCAGCUUCAGGUGCUCCGAGGCCAAAGGAUCCUGCCUUUCAGUGAGCAGAGAUGGAUGGAUCUGCAUGGAGUGUUUGUGUUCAGCCCCACCCCUCAGAACGUGACGGUGGCGCUCCUCUCAGGUGCUGGCGUGGAGGUCCGCUUACGCGAAGGAACCAUGGCUGUGACCGUCCUGUUGCCUUUGGAGUUUACCAACGACACCUGGGGUUUACUGGGUUCCAUGAACUCUGACCCAUCCGACGACCUGGUCACCGCACAAGGACAGGUCUUCUCCUCAGCCAACGCCACGUCGCAGGAAGUGUUCAUCUUCGCAUCUGGUUGGAAUGUUUCGGCGGAGGUUUCCCUUUUCACAUAUGACUCCAAGUACCUGAUGGACACUUACAGUCUGCCACCAAACCACCACCCGGCCUUUGUUCCAGCCCUCUCCAUGCCUCAUGUACCUGAUGAUGACGCUCUGGUGCAGAACAUGGUGAAGAUGUGUGUUGGAGAAGGAGCACAGGUCUGUAAAUAUGACACGCUGGCCACUCGGAGCCUCACGAUGGGAAACGCCACACUCAGAGCCUAUGAAGAUCACAGAGCCCUGAUGGACGCUCUGGCGCCAGUGGUGUCUUGUGGCUGGAUGGCUUCGCCCAGGAACGGAAAGAAGAAUGGGACACAUUACCUCGCCGGUGACACUCUGAGCUUCUCCUGCAACAAAGGCUACAAACGGUAUGGAUCAGCACAGCGCCACUGUCUGGACGAUGGGACCUGGACAGGGGAAGAGCCCAACUGUUUAACAGAUGAUCACUUGGAGUUCGUACUUGGUGCUUCUGGUUCCCUCCUGACCAUGAUCGCAAUGGCAGUGAUAAUCGUACGACACAGCAGGAAACACAGCAGGGGAGGAAGAAAGAUGGAUGUGAGAAGUCAAGCUCCCAGCAGCACUGGGAGCGGGCGGCGAUGAGGCCACUGUGUUUUCCAGCACACCUGCCCCCUCUCAGAGCCUUGAUCACAGGAGGCCAGGUGUAAAGGGAGACGGCGGGUGUCAGGAGGUCUGCAGAUGUGAGGGAACAUGCUCAUACACAUACUAUAUGGGAACCCGGGGCGCACGCAGCCAGGAAGCAUUCUUUGCAUACAGUAGCUUAGGUGUCCUCUGCUCCGCAUUAACACUCACUCCCCACACAACAGGUUCAGACAUAUUGGUUCCUCCCCGACAUCACGAGCGUUGCAGGAUGCAGUAGCGGGGCCCUUACUGUAUUUCAGAGCGUGUCUGCUUUGCGUGUCUGGAGGAGAGAGGCAGUGAUACUACACAUCUAGCAUGUGUGGUGUUUGUGUGCAGCAGGCAGCUGGUGAACACCUCCUGAUCCUCUGUUCCCCGCGUCUCACUCAGAGCUGCAGGGGUGCUUUCCUCAUCUAGGGUUUCCCGGCAGGUUUCAACAGGUUCACAGCAGCAGCAAGAAAGUCAUUACUCCAUAAGAU